GUGUGACAUCACUAGUACGUAUGUAGAUUUUCUAUGCUGAUGGGCUUGAGGAUGGACUAAGAUGAUUUGAAUGAGUGAACUUACGCUGUAUAGAGAAAUGUUCGAAAAGGAGGUUGUUAUCGACUGUAAGGGACAUAUCAUGGGCCGUCUUGCUUCUGUUGUUGCCAAGGAGCUUCUCUCCGGACAGAAGGUUGUGUGCGUCCGCUGCGAGGACAUUAACAUCACCGGAGGAAUGAUGCGUAACCGUGUGCGCCGUGAGGCCUAUCUUCGUAAGAAGAUGAACACCAACCCUGCUCGUGGUGGCUACCAUCAGAGCGCUCCUUCUGAGAUCUUCAAGCGUGCUGUGCGCGGAAUGAUUCCCCACAAGACCCCUCGUGGAGGCAACGCGAUGAGCAAUCUGAAGUGCUUCGACGGAGUGCCUGCUCCCUACGACAAGAAGAAGCGCGUGGUUGUGCCCGCUGCCUACCGCGUUUCUCACCUGAGACCCGAUCGUGCCUACAUCACUGCUGGACACCUCGCCAGCCAGUUCGGAUGGAGAUACGGACAUCUCAUCCAGCGUCUGGAGGCUAAGAGACUCGCGAAGUCGAAGGAGUAUUUCGAGAAGAAGAACUCUGAGAAGAAGACGGAGAAGGCCUCUGAAUAAGAUAGAUGUCUGUUUUGUGGGUCACGCUCUUUUU